UCUCGACAUGCUGACCCAGCGCCUCCAAACUCUCAACUCGGCGCUAGAGGUGAUGAAGAAGGCGCAAACGAUGCAUACCUACGACGUCGGGCCACCUCCUUGGCUCACCACCCUCAACCAAACCAACGUCAUCACAGGCCGUCUAAACUCCCUCCUCGAAACGUUCAACAACUCGCGCACGUUGCUCAAUCAAGCUCACUCAUAUCCGCUCCCGUCCUUCCCCGGCCGCACGCACGAGGCCAUCGCAACACAGCUCACGCGCAAGAAGCUUGAGCCAUGGGUGGAGGAUUGGGUCGCAGAUGGUGUGAAGCACGGCCAGAACGCUGGCCUUGAUCCGGAGAACAAGGAGAGUGUGUCCGUCGCAAGCGGGGUUGCUGCGAUUGAUGGUGCGCCCGAGGGAGUACUGAGCGCAGCACAAUUAGACGAGCUAUGGGACUGGGCAGGACCGGCAGGCGGCAACGUAGGCCGAAGCGUCAUGUCCGGAGAGAUGGACGAAGACGAAGGGGAGGACGAAGAUGAAGACGAAGAAGAUGAAGGAGAAGACGAGGGCGCGAUGGAAGGUGUCGAAGGAACGGACAAGAAGGGCGAAGGAGAGGCGCCAGCGGUGCCAAUGAUGCCGUUGGGAGAUAUCCUGCGUUUUGCUACCACAGGUGGUUUUGGCAAAUAACCAUAUGGGCAAGAGCAGGAGCAUCAUUCGGCGCUUUGGGAUCCUUCCUUGAGGUAGGGAACGCCAGACAAGCGAUGCAGUUAUUCUUCGAGACAUUAAAGAUGAUACCCGAGCUGCUUCUAGGAAGUGGCUUUUCAAGACAGUUCUUUUAAC